AUGCUCCAACAUGUACGCAAGCGAUCACGUAGACACACGCACUUCCCGCAGAAGCACAAUGGUGCACAAUACCUGAUACAAGCCCCUGCGUUGCACCAGCCAAAAAGGUAUAUCCAAUGCGUGCCCAGGGCUUAUCCCAACCUCAAAUAA